UAACACUGGGGGCACGAGCAAUGAAUUCAUUAGAGCAAGCCGAAGACCUGAAGGCUUUUGAGAGGAGGUUGACAGAGUAUGUCUCUUGUUUGCAGCCGGCUACAGGCCGUUGGCGCAUGAUUCUUAUUGUGGUGUCUGUAUGCACAGCCACCGGAGCCUGGAAUUGGCUGAUAGAUCCAGACACUCAAAAAGUUUCUUUCUUCUCAUCUUUAUGGAAUCAUCCGUUUUUCACCAUUAGCUGCGUGACUCUCAUUGGCUUAUUCUUUGCUGGAAUACACAAACGAGUUGUUGCUCCAUCAAUUAUUGCUGCACGCUGCCGGACAGUACUAGCAGAAUAUAACAUGUCCUGUGAUGAUACGGGGAAGCUUAUAUUGAAGCCAAGGCCUCAUAUCCAAUAGAACAUUUGAAGAAAGAGGAGCUGAAAGAACUUCAUAUCAUAAUAUUAAUCACGGAGAUUGCACAUGGGCCUCAAUGCAAGGAGAUUAUCCAAAGUUUGUGGGAACUGAUCUCACAAAAAUUUGUGAAGAAACAGUGGGAACUCCCUACCAAGGAAAUGCCCUCUCUUGAAGAACCAUUGUUUUUGCAAUUUUAGAUAACAUCCUUAAUACUUCUUAUUUUUCUUUUGGAAAAUUUGAGUUUUAUUUGAUUGUGGAUUUUGAUAUCCUCAUUUGUAAUGCCAUGGUCUUAUUUUAGAUUAAACAUGGCGUUUGUAUUUUUUAGCAAAUUGCUGAACAUAUAAUAAAUAUUAAAGUGUAGAUAAUUGUUCAGUUGAAAAUGACUUUGACUUAUCUACGCAAUAUUUUUUAAAUGUUAUGCGUAUGACUUGCUGCUUUUUGUUGUUUUUAAAACAAUUUUAUGCGACCAAAGGCUGCACUACUUGUUGAGGGAAAUAGGCAAACGAGUCUCAAAUCUGUGUCAUGGUUUAUCAAGAUUUUAUUUACUUUCACGAAACAUUUAAGUGACUUAAGUUGGCAAUAAAAAAAAGUUUUGAACGGAUUUGUUGUUGUCAUUAUCGUUAAUAAAGCUUGUAUCUAGACGAGUGUGUGAUGUGUCACAGGUCGAGUAGCAUCUGCCUGUAAACUUCGGAGGCUGCACUUUCAGGACCGCAUUUCUGGGGACACAGGACCUUGCGGAUGUGGUCAGAGUUAAGUGGUGCAUGGGGCAAGAGAGGGGAGGGAAUUUAGCUUCCUGACUGCCUGGUGGAUGAAGCUCUCCUUCAGUCUGCUCUCCUUUAGUCUGCUGGUCCUGGCACUUCCCUGAUGGCAGCAGCCUGAAGAAGCUGUGUGUUGUGUGAGUGGGAUCGCCUGCAAUGCAGAGGGCUUUUCGGGUGAGACGGGUUCCAUAAAUGUCCUGGAGGGAGGGGAGAGAGACACCAAUGAUCUUCUCAGAUCGAUAAGAGUGUGCGUAUAACAUGUAAAUAUUAUUUUUUUCGUUUAACAUUAAAAACAAUUGUGAAAAUUUAAAAUAAUUGGAAAGUUAAUGUAGCUGUAGUGAGUUAUCAUGGGUUGCUAA